GGCUGGGAGACAACGGCGGCGGAGGCGGUGUGUCACAACUGCGCGUACAAGUUGUAGCUGGUGGUAAUGUCCGCUUCAGUAAUGGGAGUUCGCCGGGACUCGGGUUACUUACUUCUCCUUCUCAUUGUGACUCUUCCAGUGUCGUAUUCUCGGGGAAACUGGAUUUUGAGGGAGAAACGAGUUAGCUCGAACCCACCUGCCAUGGGGCUGGGAGUGAGGAACCUUUAUCAGAUUGUUACGCAGCACAAUCGGCUGAGGACACGAGUCACCCCUAUGGCUGCAAACAUGCAAAAAAUGGUGUGGAGCAAGAAGCUGGCCCUGCUUGCCCAGGAGAGAGCAGAGUCCUGCCACCCAGACCCCGCCCACUGGGACCCAAUGUCCAAUCACGUGGGCUGGAAUGCCCAACGCUCCGCCCCUGGUGCCGCUUCCAUCUCUGAGGUCAUUGACUCCUGGUUCCAGGAGGGGCAGGACUACGACUACCUGAGUGGGCAGUGCCAGGGGAACCGCACCUGCAGUCACUAUACACAGCUCGUAUGGGCCACGUCCAGCCAGGUGGGCUGUGUCCAGCGGCUGUGCACAAGCGGGUCCUCACAGUGGGAGCUGUUCAUCUGCGCCUAUUCGCCUGGUGGGAACUGGGAGGCGAACGGGAUGAUGGUGCGGCCCUACAAGGCGGGACCCUACUGCUCGCUCUGCACCUCCGACAUGUCCGGCUGCUUCCGUCUCUGGGACCACGUGGGGGGUCUGUGUGAGACGCCCCGGAAUCCCUGUCGCAUGAGCUGCGGGCAGUACGGCCAGCUGAAUGCAUCCACGUGCCAGUGCCACUGUGCUGCAGGGUUCACAGGACGCUUCUGUCAGGUGCGCUGCAGCGUGCAGUGCGUACACGGCCGAUACAGGGAGGAGGAGUGUUCCUGUGUCUGUCAUGUCGGCUAUGGAGGAGCAGAGUGUGCAGAGAAGCUCCAGUUUCCGUUCCACAGCUGUGGGGUGCGUAUCGACGGAGACUGCUUCAUGGUCUCCCCGGAAACAGAUACCUACUACGGGGCCAAAAUCCACUGCCAGGAGAAAGGAGGAGUUCUGGCUCAGAUCCACAACCAGAAGGUUCAGGACAUCCUGGCGUUCUACCUCAGCCAGCUGGAGACCACUAACGAGGUCACUGACGCGGACUUUGAGACACGCAACUUCUGGAUUGGUCUGACCUAUAAGACAUCCAAGGAUUCAUUCCGCUGGGACUCCGGAGAGCAGCCGACUUUCACCAGCUUUGCCUUUGGGCAGCCAGACAACCAGGGUUUUGGGAACUGCGUUGAGAUGCAAGCUUCCAGUGCCUUCAACUGGAACGACCAGCGCUGUAAAACACGCAACAGAUACAUCUGCCAGUUUGGUCCGGAGCACAUAGCCCUUUGGGACUUUGCUCGCUGAAGACGGUCCCCGCUGGAACCAAAGCCCCCCCACCCCCCUGCUCUGUGGACAUGCUGACUAUUCAUCACCCACCCACCCCUACGGCCACACGCCUAAUCUAUAUUGCUGUAGUCUUUCUUGCAUUAGAGACUCGCCGUUGGGACGCUCGUCGCUCCACAGCGCCCUCUGCUUGCAGGCUGUGCUACACACUUCAUUUUUUUCUGUUACCUGUAGACCUCUGUGAGGUCUUCGCACCUGCAUCUUCAUGGCCUUAAUCUGUCCCGGCUUGGUUUUCAAAAAGACACUCCACAAUGCCCAUCCUCCUCCCAAACCACGCUGCCACAUCUUCUGGGCCCUGAAGCCACCUCUGUGGACUGCCGCUCCCCCAAGCCAGUCUUUGCCCGGUAAAACAGAAACCCAAAAUGGGGUUUGAGAAUGUGGGGGCUUCCUCUUCUCGGCCUGAAGGAUCCAUUCCCCUUUCUGCCACCUCUGUGUUCCUGAGCUCAGUUUCAUCCAGCAGGCGUUAGCUUAGGCGUAGAGCCGGCUGUCAGCAUCGCUGUACUGUGUGCAAUGACCCGCUGAGUCACAAUAUGCCGUCUUGCGCGUUACUCAUACCGGUAAGAGGUGUGCAGGCAGGUCAGCCAAGGCAGCUGCUGAUUGCUGUCGCAUAGAUUAAAUGUACUUAUGACCAGCUCUUUUAGUUAACUUGUGUUUUUUUUGUGCACCGAAUGUAUGCUAUGAUUACUGUUUUACUCAUUCAUAAAUCUAUUUCAAUAAAUUUUAGAAUAAUCCUU